AUGGCUGAUUCGGCUCCACCUCUCUCUCUUCAAGGCUAUAAAUCUCCCAACAUUCCAGUCCGCCAUAUUCAUAUUCAUCCUCAUCUGGAAAGCUCUUUUUCCCUCAAUCUCGAUUCCUCUUUUACUACUCAACCUAUGUCUUCCAAAGAGAUUUUAUCGUCUGCCAAGCCGCUCACUUUCAAGGUGCUCCACCAAAUCGAAGGUGUGUUCUGCAACGAGGAUGUGGUGGUCCGGCUUCUACACUUUUGGGAAGCGAGAAAUUUCAAGAAACUUCAAACCUCCUUCAUGAAUUGA